AGGGCACAGAGGGAGAGAGAGGAGGAGGAGGUGGGAAUGACAUGAAUACAUCAGAUGUUCUAGCCCUGGGCUCUCCAGCCCCCCUGUUAACCUGAUCCUAGGGAUUGGCUGGGUAGCAGCACACUGGGAUCUGAGUGCUGGGAUGUCAAGCUCUUGAGGCGAAUUUAUCUUGCAGUCUGUGCUCUCCUCUCCAGGGUUAUAAUUUGGAUUUUAACUUGCAGACAACAUGAUCGAAGUUUACAUCCCCUCUGUGGGACAUCAGGUGGUAAAGUCGGACAAACCCCGCUUCGUAAGUCAUUUAGUUUGUUGUUUAUAUAACGCCAGCAAAGAGUGUAGCGAUGUACAUAUAUAUAUAUAUAUAUAUAUCUCAAUUUUUGUAGAUUCAUUUUUGCUUGUUUAAAUGACACAUUGCAGAUGCAUGAAACACCUAUUACUGUGCAUACACCUAUCAGCAGUAACUGUAACAGCUCUAACUAGUUGUAUAAUCUAUUAAUUGUGCAUGUGUAUUAAGCUAUAGAUAAUGUCAUUAUAACACAGUGACCAUGAUUUGUAUCUCCUUUAUAUAAUUCUGCGUUUUGGGGUAUUAUUCUGGGGCUAGUUCUGAGUGCUGACUUUCUUCUCACACAGUUAAAGAACGAUGGGGCAGAGAAGCAAUUCAAACAGGCAUCUCAUAAUUCACCCCUUUGUUUACAGUCGGUGCUUUAAAACAGAAUGAAUUGUUCUAAUGGCCUGGCUUAGAUAAGGAGAAUUAUUUAUUUAAAUUCCAGAUAUCUCAUGAAACUUAAGCUUACACGAUGUCUGCAUCAAUGCCCAUUUUAUUUAAUCAUAUUUUCUCUGAUGUAUUCUCCAUCUCCCUUACACCUGCCCCUUUCACCACCCCCCCAAAAAAAUCUAGACUUUUAGCUAUGCUUAAAUUAUUGUCAAGGAUUAUUUCCAAAAUUGUCUUAGGUAUGAGCCAUGGAAAAAAAGGGGGUUAAAUAAGUAAAAUAAAGAAUUUACUAGGAGAAUCUUUUAGUCCAAAAUAGACACAUUUAUUAUAACAUUGCCAGUUGCCAAGAGGAUUUUAAAGCCAAAAUGACUGGAGUGUAAAAAUUCGUAGGUUAGAUAUUUUUCCACUUUGAUAAUUUUGGCCUUAAAAUGUCAGUUUACUCUUCAAUACUGCAUAAUUAUUGAUUUAGCGGAUAAACCCUUAGUUUUUGUUUUUUAAGAGGAAUUGCUCUGCCUAGCUAUCAUAAGACCUUUAAAUAUGUUUUGGACCCAGAGACACAUGGUGUGGACUCAGAGAGGUCAUACGUCUUUGGAAGUCACAUUUUAACUAUUCCAGUGUCUACCAGCGCCCUAUGGUUCUCACACCAGACUUGUGAUUUGUUAAUGUAUUAUUCAGUAAGACAUGUGUGUGAGCAGAGACUUUGGACUGUGUGGGAUUGUGUAAUGUGUAUGUAGACAGCCUACACCUCUGGAUAUUAGCAUCCAGUUGAUCAGGAUUGGCCAGGCAAUUAGGAACACAACGCAGAACAUAUGGAAAGGCCUGCCCUGCAGACAUAAGCGUAUGAUUGCCAGAUACACAUCACCUCUACAUGCUGAUAGGCAGGCGGAGAAAAGUAUGUAGAAAUCAUAUACUGUUGAAGGAAGAUCAAUUCAUUAAUGGAGAUUGAAUCCAAAAUUAACUGUGGUGUUCAAAUAGUUGAUGCCCCUCCAGCUUAUAAUUUUUACAUACUCCAGGUCAGCACUUUUCAUGUUCUGGCCAUCACCAUAAGGAAGUGACGCGGCCAGGCAGAGAUGGUAGGUCAUCUGGCAACUUAUCUGGAAAUUCUGUUGGAAUGUUUUAUAAAAAUCUUUGCCCAUAUCAAGAAAAGACAAUGCACAGGCCACUUUGGUAAGUUAGGAGGUUGGUUGCAUUUAAAAAAAGAAGUCAACAAUGAUGUGUAAUUAUAAUAAAAGAACACUGGAGGGUUUAACCUGAGAAUGCCUGAAAGGCUAUUCAUUUAAAGCUGUGUGAAUGAACCCUUUCAAUGUCAGAGGUUAAAGGCUGGCCUCAAAGCCUGUGUUUUUGUUUAGAAGCAGGUUGAGACUGGCCGCUCUCUGUUUUCAAGCCACCACAAGAAUCAGUCAAUAGCUACAGACUACUAAGGGUAGGUAUUGUAAAAGUACCGUGACUCAGGAGAUUUAAAGCAAUCUGUAACAAUUACUGUUCAUUAGUAAUCCACUAAUCUGGGUAUUGAUCAUGGAUUGGAAAAUGUAAUACCAAAAUCCCCAACAUGGAAAAUAAAAUGCCUGUAUUCGAGAAUCUAUUUACCAAGUUUGUUACUUUGGUUUGCUGGCAAAGGGGAUGGUGUAGGAGUGGUUAUGGUGCUUAACCUGUCCCUUUAAAGUCCAAGCGUACAGAAGAAAAAGGGUAGGUGGCAGAAUGUGAGGUACUAGAUCAUUCUCCUCCCAGCAAGGCUGGGCUUCCCAUUAAUCAUCACUAUCACGAUUAUUUUCUGGACUCCAAAGUAUUGUGAAACUAAUCCCAAAAAAAAGACCUGAGAAAAAAAUAUCUUAUCUGGAAAAGAUUUCCGGCAGCACCGCAGUAGUCGUAACUUUCAGUAGCGCCAUGUAGAUUUCAUUCACAAAAUAUCAGAGUUUAGUUAUUAAAGGACCACUCUAGGCACCCAGACCACUUCAGCUUAAUGAAGUGGUCUGGGUUUUAGGUCCCUCUAGGAUUAACCCUUUUUUUUAUAAACAUAGUAGUUUCAGGGAAAUUUUUUUUUAAGAUUUAACCCUUUCCUCGCCAUCCAGCCCGGCGGGAGUGGAACCCUGAGGAUGGGGGCACCCUCAGGGCACUAUAGUGCCAGGAAAAUGAGUAUGGGUCCUUUAACCCUAUUUGAUGGAUUGUUCAUUCUGUAGCAAAAAUGUUAGCUUUUUACUGUCCAGUACAAGUAAACCGUCUAAGGUCAACGGCCUUGACACAAGGUAUAAGUUUAAUUGAAUUCACCAGCAAAUAUAUAACUAGGAUAAGACAUUCUGAGCUGAACAUCUGUCCUAACACCUCAAAAGAUAGAGUUGAAAAAUAGACUUUAUGGUUGCCAGCCCAUAUUAGUUAUGGCGUUCUGCUUCCAUUUGCAAUUCACAUUCGCAUCGCAGUGUUUCAGCUUCCAGGUUUCAAAAAUGUAGGUGCACGUUAGAUUUAAUGGCGCAUUCGAUUGGAGUGACUACAGUAUAUGAUUAUAAUAAUCACUGAUGCAAUACUCUGUAUAACUAAUUCCCCUAUUCUAUUUCUUCCAGCAGUCACUAACUUCUCAUUGUCUAUACACGUGAGGUUUAUUCAAGGAGGGAACCCUAUAAUUUAAUGUCAGACUUAGAGUAUUUAAGUUUUAUGGCAUCUCAACAGCUGAACGGGAAAAAUUCUUCCCUUUAGCAAUUUUGUGAUUUCAGCUUACCUCGGGGUGAUGUCACAGAGGCUGAAAGAAGGCCACGCGAAUGAUUUGGUGUGGGAUUAUGUGUUUGUAUUGUGUUUCAUUCUGAGCUCUCGAAUGACCAUGUUCCUCUUAACUGGUUUCUGUAUGAGGCCUGAUGCGAUUAGGAAUGUGAGAAUUGGAGGGGAAGGUUUAUAAGUGGAAUUCUUCUCAUUCUGGAACUUAUUUUGUAAGAAAUGGAAAAUGAGGGCAGCUGCAGGUUGACAUUAUGUAAUUUUUUUUAUAUAAAAAGCAGUAUUUAGGGGCACAGGUUGAGCUUUUUGUACCUUUUAUAUUUCACACCAAAAAAUUUAAAUAGUUCUCCAAUCACCAUGACUACUACAUCCUGCUGUAGUGUUUAUGGUGCCCGCACGCCCCUGGCUGCACCCUCUGUGUCAAACUUAUUAAAGAAGUUUGACACAACCCAAAGAUUGCCCACCCCCGUGCCUGUGGCCUGUUCUUUUUCUUGACAUAUAGCUGUUAUGUUUUCAUAUAAACAAUAACAAUUACAUUGAUUCGGCCAAUGAAUGCCGGACAAAUGCUCGACAAAAUUGAUAUUGCUAAUGUGGACGUUUAACUUUAGAAGUAGCUAUAUGUAUUAUUGGGGGUCUGAUCAGAGAACCAGAGACAGUGCCAGCAGGGGUAUGCUGGCAUACAACAGGCUGUAGUGGUUAUGGUGUUUAAAUAGCCCCUUACUUUUUUUAGUGUAAUGUGGGGAUAUUUAUGGGAUGAUAAUUUUAAGCAGUCGAGAAUUGCCCACUAUUUCAAUUCUCUUAGAUCUUAGAGAUCGUUUAUCAUGUAAGUGAAAAGUAUUCCAUACAAUUAAUUCACAAUUUGUUAUAAAAAUAGAUUUAUUUUUAUUGUAACAAAUUAAUUAACAAAUAUUAGGCAUCAUGCAUGAUAAUAAUCAGUGAAUAUUUAGUAUAACAUAGUAUACAAUACAAUGGAAUGGGUAUACACGUUUCAAUGGCUAAACAGCAUUUUCUGUCAAGACUUACACGAUUUAUGAGGGUAUCCUUACAGACAAAAAGUGAAGCUUUUCACAGCGAAGGGCCAUAAAACCCUGGCUAACCGUUAGAUCAACUGAGUAACCUUUUCAAUGCUGGCUAGAUCCUCCUGGGCAUAUAGUAUCCUAUUCCCCUGUGAUUUUCAAUUAAAAUACAUUUAAACCAGCUCAUUAGUCAUUUCCUGGAACCAUCCAAUAAGAAUAAUCUACCAGAUUUUUAAUUGGAUAUUUUAAUUUGUCUAAAAGAUAUCUUCUCUUAUAUUAGAGCCAAUCAAUACACCUGGAUAAAAACAACGGUAUGCUAACAUGUGAUAAUAUCACAUUAAUAUAUAAUUAUUCUUAAUUCCACCUGCAGAAUGGAAUGUUUAUAACUAUAUAUUCUUUAGUUAACUAAGAUUUCUAAAUAUGAAAUCUGACCGUGAUUUAUCCAGUCAUAUAUCAUGCUAUUAGUAAAUUUAAAUUAAUUUAAAUUAAUUAAAUAAAACCAGCAUAAUUACCAGUUAUGUAGAUAUUCUCAUCAGAUGAGUAGGUAGUCCCAGAAACUUGAUUGGUUGUAUGUAGGUGCGUGAGUGAUAGAAAAAGUAUUAAAGAGUUUAAGAGUUUAUGUCCAAGAGAGUUUAAGGGUAGAGUGUUAGUCCCAGAUAUUGUCCUGGAUUUCUCUGCAUGUCCAAGUUGGAGUCCCCAAACUUCCAAUUCCUCUCUCUCUUCUGUAUCCCUUUGUCCUUACUUUUAAAGGGCCAGACUCUUUGUACGUCAUUAGUUGAUAAACCAAUAGGAAGCCGUAGGUGUGUCCAAUCUAUGGGUCGCAAUUUAGGUAUUUGAUCCAUAGUGGGCAGUCUCGUCUAACGAAACCAUCCUAUCCAGGAAAGAGUUAACUUUUCCUGAUGACGAUUUUGACCUCAUUUGGCUUAUCUAAAAUGACUACCAUAACUUAGAUUUGCUGUCAGUCUGUCUCAGUCUUUGUGGCAUCUACUUUGAUCGUAACUUGUAAAAUUGACAGUUCUAAACUCAAUUUCACCCCUUUCUUACAAUGGUACCUUGUAAAAUUAAUUAGUCUUCUCUGUCACUAGUGUCUGUGUUUAGAUAAUACAUUCCUUUAACAUUUAGACAGAGCAUUCCAUCCCCCUUGCUUAAUUGCUUAUCUUGGUUAGUGAAAGUAAGAAGAAACUAUGUCUCUGCUAUCCUGAAGAUAGCAAAAUGGAGUCCGCUUUGUUUUGCGUGGCUUUGGCAAUAUACACUUUUAAUUUCUUUUUAGCACAAAAUGUCUGUUGAUAUAAAUAUUCUGACAGUAAAAAAAAAAUACACUAGAGUUGCAUUUUUUUGUCUUUUAAUCAAUUGCUAGAUAUUUUAUAUUGACCAAUAUGCAUAAUUUCUGAAAAAUAUAAAGAAUUCUGUAAAAUUAGGCUUCCCAGAAGCUUCCCAACAUUGGGAGGUAUAAAUGUGGGGAGAGGGAUAGGAUGAAUGAUUAAUGUGUGUGACAUUGAUGCUGUAAAAAAAGGAGUCACUUAAAAAGAGUAGCCUGAAAAGUAUUCUUCCUGAUACAGCGUGCAUGUCAGUUUUUAUUUCUUCAUUAUUUAGCUGUGAGAUAAAACUAAAUAUACAGAUUUAAAAAAAGGGAAAAAAAUGCACAGAAUACAAAAACAAAUAUUCAGUCUAUUUGAUAAGGCAUUAUUGGAACGUACGCGCAUACUGUAGUGUUACAAUCAAAGAUACGUAAAGGACCACAUCACGGUGCUUGUUGGCACUUUGUGGUAAAUUACUUAUUUUUAACACUAUCGUGUGUGCAUCUCAUCAAAUAUUUGGGAUAUUAAGAUAUUUUUUAGAACUUUCAAGACUUAUUAUUUUGUAAUAUUUUUUUUAAUAUUUAAAAAAAAAAAUUAUUAUAUUUUUUAUUUUUAGCGUGCAAGAUAAUACAAACAGGUCUGAUAUGCCACAACAGCACAGACAAGCACAUUAAGUAAAUUCACAUAGUUACAUUUUCAUGGCACACAAGAAAAUCUGCACAUUUUAUAUUAAGGGUAAGCAAGCCAGAGCUGUUCAUUCAUUUUUUUUUUUUUUUUUUAGUAAUUAAAGGACCACUAUAGUGCCCUUAGGGUGCCCCCACCCUCAGGGACCCCCUCCCGCCCGGCUCUGGAAAGGGGAAAACUUACCUUUUUCCAGCGCUGGGCGGGGAGCUCUCCUCCUCCGAUCCUCCUCCGUUCCUCCUUCUGGGCUGAAUGCGCACGCGCGGCAAGAGCUGCGCGCGCAUUCAGCCGGUCACAUAGGAAAGCAUUCAUAAUGCUUUCCUAUGGACGCUGGCGUGCUCUCACUGUGAAAAUCACAGUGAGAAGCACGCAAGCGCCUCUAGUGGCUGUCAAUGAGACAGCCACUAGAGGAAAUAGGGGAAGGUUUAACCCAUUCAUAAACAUAGCAGUUUCUCUGAAACUGCUAUGUUUAUGAAAAAAUGGGUUAACCCUAGAAGGACCUGGCACCCAGACCACUUCAUUAAGCUGAAGUGGUCUGGGUGCCUAGAGUGGUCCUUUAACAGGCUAAGACAAGGUAUGUCAGUUGGUUCUAAGCCAGUUAGCUUAUAAGGAACAUCUCAUGUAGGCUGACAUUAACCUAUCUAUGCUGAGAAGUGAGUAGAACAUGCUAAACUAAAAUUAAGAUUAGUUCUGGAGCUUGGUAGCUGCUGGGUACUUAAGUUUACUGCAAACUGGGGACAAACAUUGCUAAAUAACAUGGUAUAUAAUAAUACUUAUAUAUAGGUUGGCUGGCUUAGAGGCUUAUUGCCGGUUUCUGCGGGUGUCGCUGGGUAGCAGGUCGGGCAAACUGAGUAUUGGGGGUAAGCAGUGCAUUAGGCGGCCUGUAGCCGUAGCCGGAGGCGGCUCAACCAAUGUCCACUAGUGGCAGCCUGCCAAACCCAGGGAACCUGAGUCCGUCUUGCUGAAGGUGAGAGCACCACCGGUCCCAAGUGCCUGUGUGGUUGUGUACUUCACUGACUGCUCCGCCACAGAGUCUAGUAACUGGGUCGUGGCCUCCAGGCCGUCUCAGUGCCCGUGAGUUGUAGCGCCAUAUGUGAGCUCUCCGACUGAGCAGCAUGCCAGCUUGGAGUCGGCUCGUGAGUGCCAUUCAGGGACGCAGCUGUGAGGUGGGAAGGUGCGUGUUUGGUAGCGUCGUGCUGCUGUGCAGUUCGGUGCUUGGGGAGUCUGCCGGCGGGCCCGUCGGUGAGAUGGUCGCUUCUCCAUGUGGGCGCUGGGUCGAUAAGCCGCCGCUUCAGCUCCAGUCCCCUGUGCAGUAGGUUUAAUGGGGUGGGUGGCGUUAAGCUCUAUGCUCCUCCAGAAGUCUCCGCAGAUGCCGUCAAACUGAGCUUCAAAGCACUCUUUUCACGCCUGGGCUUUCUUGUGGUUGGUGCUCGGCAGCCAUUUGGGCCCGACAGGCGGUCUGCAUUCCGGCCGAGGGAUUUCAGGAUUGAAGCCUGUUGGUUUCCCCAGAUGGGACCGGGAUAACCCACACUGGUCCAGAAGCUAUUUGUGGUCUCCAUGGCGGAAGAUCGGUCGCCUCUCCCGGCCCCUAGGCUGCUUUCCAAGUUAGGACUCAUCUGUGAAGUGUGGAGCGUUCACCCCAGAAUUUUUUACGAGGCAGGUGUCCAUGGGUCUCUACUUGGUUCAGAACUGCUGUUUUGGUGAGCUGGGCUGCUUUUGUCGAGAUUGUAGCAUACAUUUGCCAAUAUAAUAAAACAAGGAGUAAAGUCAGCGCUAAUCAGGAAGGCAGCAGUCCCAAACAAGGACUCCUUCUAAUGUCCCUGGAAAUAAAUAGACAAGGAAAGAAAAUGGGGGAUGGGUAUGAGCCAAUGUGCCAAUAUAAUGCUGCGUUUAUGCCGGAGCUCUCUGCAAGCACGUCUGGCUAGCUCGGCUGUCAGGCCCCGCCCCAAGACUUAUAUUUUUUAAAAUACUAAAUAUUGUUAAUAAAAUGUAAAAAUACAAAACAGAAAAAUUGUGAUAUAUAAAAAAAACCUAUAAAAUAAAUUUUAAAAUAGGGUUAACACGUUGACCUAUUCACUUAUUUAUUUACACCACCUUAACUACUAGAAAUUAUUUCUUAGUAACAUCUUUAUUCCCUGCAAACGCCAUUCUUUUCACCACUUACUGUGCAUGUGUACAAAUCACAAAUAAAUAUAGGCCAUGGAUCAAAGAUCAAUAAUAAUGAGUUAAGGACAUACUGAAAGUAGCAGCAGCUAUGCCAAUUUGUGUUACUAUUAAUUAUUGAUUGCGUUGACUGCAUUGGAAUCUCAAUGAUUACUCCUUCAAAUAACAUCAUAAGAUAAAGUAGGGACUACUCCUGGACAAGGCCAAAGUUGAUAAAAGGUGUAUCAAUGUUUGUCAACCCCAAUAGCUAUCACUAGCGACUACACUAGCGAAGAGACUUCUUGUGGAUUGUGAGAGUAAGUCAAUGGAGGAUCCCACAACCUCAAUGGAUCCUACAUAGAUUCCAGUGUUUACUUUUGCGAGUGAAAAGAAAAUGGCAGCUCUCGUGUGGGAGAACGUUAGGUAAGUAGAACUUCAUUCAGCUCCCAGGGCACAGAUGGGACUGUCAUCUUUGAAUGUGAAAAAAUAAUUUAUUUAUUUUUUUUAUCAGAAAAUGGUGUUCAAGGAGCAUCAUAUAGGACGUUAAGGAAACAACCCCCACAAAUAUGUGUCCUUGCUCCCAUUUAGAUGCAGGGCCUUCUUAUAUAAACUAAAAUAAUAAAGUUUUAUUCACUUUACUGCAAUGGCGUCUUGGUCUUGCCAUGAACGCCACUCCUUACUUUGAUGAUUUCAUUUAUCUGAUGAUCUUGGCCAAUCAAAUGCUUCUCCAAAAAGAAGUAACGAUGGCUCUACAGUGCGUGUACGGCAAUCAAUCUGAUGCACCAAUAGGAUUCUUUUCUAUGACGACACUUCCCUGUCAAUGUGAGGACUGUACAUUUUUAUAGUCUUCACAAGGAAAUGCAUCUAGUGGCAGCCUAAUUGACUCUUUGCCUGAUUGACAGCCACUUAAGGCACAUAGUCUGACAAAUGUAAGCAUUGCUCUUUCUCGCAAAUGUCAAUGUUUACAUCUGUCAGCCUGCAGAGACGGCAUCUAGGCAAUAAGACCAAUACAUUCAGCUGUAUGGGUUUUGGUACUUACAGUGUCCCUUUAAGAUUGUCUAUAUCUUUUUUUUCUGGGGGGACUGGGGGAGUUGGGCACACACACAAAAAAGCUGGAAAUAUUGUUAAUCUGUUAGAAAUAUUGAUUUACACUACAAUAUGUUAAAAACAACUGUUACCAGUUACUAAUUCCAUUAAAACAGAAGAACCUAGGAUUAGGAAGUAGGAUUAAGAAAGUGUGAUAUCCUCCAUUAUUUAGUGUAGCCACCUGCCCUCCCACUCGCUGCCCUCUCUGGAAUGAUCUCAACAUGCCGACAGCUGGGUAUUUAUUUACUUAGAGAUCCGGAGUUGUUUCCCAUCACAUACUCAGACAGAAGUCACAGCUAUUGCCUUUUCCUGCAGUUAUUCAGACCGUGAAUAAAAUAUGGAUUUACUGUAAACGUAGCUGUGAAUACAGAGAGCAGGAGUGGGUUAGCUGAGAGAAUCAAAAUAAAAUCUGUCGCUUCCCAAACUUUCCGUCUAACCUUUUGUUCUAGAGAAUUGUCAAAAUAAACGUUAUAAAUACAGGAGUCUAUACCGAUAGGAGCAAUGCUCUGCAGAAUAAUGCAGACUAUCUCUAUGUUGCCACCGUAUGAGGAUGCGUAAUCACACUGACUGUUCUGUACUGUAUCUGUAGACACAGUUAGUUAAAGGACCACUAUAGAGCCAGGAAAACAUACUCGUUUUCCUGGCACUAUAGUGCCCUGAGGGUUCCCCCACCCUCAGGGUCCCCCUCCCACCGGGCUGAAUGAAGAGGAAGGGGUUAAACUUACCUCUUUUUCCAGCACCGGGGCGGGGAGCUCUCCUCCUCCUCUCCUCCCUCUUCUCCUCCUCUUCGGCUGAAUGCGCAUGCGCUGCAGGAGCCGCGCGCGCAUUCAGCCAGUCCAUUGGAAAGCAUUCACAAUGCUUUCCUAUGGACGCUGGCGUCUUCUCACUGUGAUUUUCACAGUGAGAAACGCGGAAGCCCUCUAGCGGCUUUCAAUGAGACAGCCACUAGAGGCUGGAUUAACCCUAACAUAAACAUAGCAGUUUCUUUGAAACUGCUAUGUUUAUAGAAAAAAGGGUUAACCCUAGAUGGACCAGGCACCUAGAUCACCUCAUUAAGCUGAAGUGGUCUGGGUGCCUAUAGUGGUCCUUUAAGAAAAAAUCAUAUUAAACCUUGUGUUGGGUUAUGGAGCAAAAUAUUUUUUGGACCUAUUACAGAAUGCAAGGCCAGAGCAUCAGCCCUAAUGCCCUGACACCACUUAGCGCAGUGCAAGGAAAUGUAGUGAUGCAUUUGUGUUGUCCUUGGUGAGGACAGUUGAAAGACACCAGGAAAACAGGACCAAACAUUCAAAUCAGGACGUCCUGUCAAAUCUGAGAUUGCUGGAGGGUCUGACAAUGGAAUCGAACAUGUGUCCUGUGAAACAUUAAGCACGAUCAGUCGAUUGCACAAGUACUGAUUUCCAUUCUGAUAUAUUCACCAUGGGCAAAUUGUAGUCAUUUUAAAAUCAAAUUAUAAAAAUAAGGAAAAAAUAUCUCUAAUCUCUAACUUGGCUUGAGUUGCAGUUUGUCUAUUUUAUUGUGAAUUGCAUGAUUUGGUUUCUGGUUUACUACAACUUUUUUUAGUUAAUAAACCAUGAAAUCCACAAAAUGGAAGAGAUGUCUCCAGUUAAGUGUUUACAUCUGCUCUUUUGAUGUGGAGAGUCUCCAGUCAUUAGUUAAUGUUGCCUUCGGCUCCUGGCUUCAUUGAAUAAAGGUAAAACCAGUUCUACAUUUCCGUAUGAGUGACCCUGCUACCCUUUGACAGAGACAGACAGGACAAUGCAAAUGGAAUGAAUUGUUGCUCACUGUACCUACGUCUUUUGUAUAUGUAGCAGAUUUAUUGCAGGAUGACUUGAAACAUUAUUUGCAAUACCCCUCCUAUGUUUGGUUUGUAUUUAUAUGGGAAGCUGGUGUAGUUUCUAAUGGACAAAUAAAAUAGUAAGCCUGUUAUAAGGUUAUAGUAUAUCUGAUCAGUCAUGUUGGAGGCUAUGGAUUUAUGUGUAAGCGAAAAAUAAACUAUGUUUGGGAAUAGGGAUACUUUUGAAUGAGGUGGUAACACUAUAACUUGGGGCUCUCGUCCCAAUAUUUAGGUAAUAAUCGCACAAAACUGUGUGAAAUAUAUAGAUGGGUACAGAGAGGGCUAUGUGAGGAUGAUAACAUUGGUAAAACAUGGUGGAUUGACGUUUGCAUGGAUACAAUGUACAAUUUAUGUUGGAGAUAUGAAAUUAACUCACUUUUGUCAGCUGAUCAAAUGUAGAGUCAUGUAAUGGUGAGUCUGACAAACUCUGCAACACCCUCACAGUAUCUUUAUCUUGCCAUAGCCAAAUUAAUCAAAAGGCACCUGUGUAGAGACUUCCAUUAUUAGGAAUGAAUGGGAGGGCACAAACCGGUCAGCUUCCUAGGGCCCUGUGGGAUAAUUGUUCUCUGUAAUAUCUUGCAAUCAUUGCUGGCUGAGAUAUGUCACUGUGUUGAUAGCUGGCCGAGAUAUGUCACUGUGUUGAUUGCUGGCUGAGCUAUGUCAAAGCUUUUAAAAGAGCUUAGUACUAGCAAAACCAUUAACAGAUUUAUUUAACCAAUCAUUGUUAACAGGAGUAGUCCCAGAAGAUUGGAAGUUAGCGAAUGUUGUGCCCAUUUACAAGAAAGGUAAUAGGGAGGAGUCGGGCAACUAUAGGCCAGUAAGCCUUACUUCAGUAGUGGGGAAAGUGAUGGAAACCAUGUUAAAGGAUAGGAUUGUUGAACAUCUAAAAACACAUGGAUUUCAAGAUCAGAGACAACAUGGGUUUACUUCAGGGAGAUCAUGCCAAACUAAUCUUAUUGAUUUUUUUGAUUGGGUAACUAAAAUUAUAGAUCAGGGUGGUGCAGUAGACAUUGCUUACCUAGAUUUCAGUAAGGCUUUUGACACUGUUGCACAUAGAAGGCUUAUCAAUAAACUGCAAUCUUUAAGUUUGGAUUCCAAUAUUGUUGAAUGGGUAAGGCAGUGGCUGAGUGACAGGCAACAGAGGUUGUAGUUAAUGGAAUAUAUUCGAAGCUUGGACUUGUCACCAGUGGGGUACCUCAGGGAUCUGUACUUGGACCCAUUCUCUUUAAUAUUUUUAUUAGUGAUAUUGCAGAAGGUCUUGAUGGUAAGGUAUGUCUUUUUGCUGAUGAUACUAAGAUAUGUAACAGGGUUGAUGUUCCAGGAGGGAUAAGCCAAAUGGCAAAUGAUUUAGGUAAACUAGAAAAAUGGUCAGAAUUGUGGCAACUGACAUUUAAUGUGGAUAAGUGCAAGAUAAUGCAUCUUGGACGUAAAAACCCAAGGGCAGAGUACAGAAUAUUUGAUAGAGUCCUAACCUCAACAUAUGAGGAAAGGGAUUUAGGGGUGAUUAUUUCUGAUGACUUAAAGGUAGGCAGACAAUGUAAUAGAGCAGCAGGAAAUGCUAGCAGAAUGCUUGGUUGUAUAAGGAGAGGUAUUAGCAGUAGAAAGAGGGAAGUGCUCAUGCCAUUGUACAGAACACUGGUGAGACCUCACUUGGAGUAUUGUACACAGUACUGGAGACCGUAUCUUCAGAAGGAUAUUGAUACCUUAGAGAGGGUUCAGAGAAGGGCUACUAAACUGGUUCAUGGAUUGCGGGAUAAAACUUACCAGGAAAGGUUAAAGGAUCUUAACAUGUAUAGCUUGGAGGAAAGACGAGACGGGGGGAUAUGAUAGAAACAUUUAAAUAUAUAAAGGGAAUAAACACAGUAAAGGAGAAGACUAUAUUUAAAAGAAGAAAAACUAGCACAACAAGAGGACAUAGUCUUAAAUUAGAGGGACAAAGGUUUAAAAGUAAUAUCAGGAAGUAUUUCUUUACUGAGAGGGUAGUGGAUGUAUGGAAUAGCCUUCCAGCUGAAGUGGUAGAGGUUAACACAGUAAAGGAGUUUAAGCAUGCGUGGGAUAGGCAUAAGGCUAUCCUAACUAUAAGAUAAAGCUAGGGACUAAUGAAAGUAUUUAGAAAAUUGGGUAGACUAGAUGGGCCGAAUGGUUCUUAUCUGCCGUCACAUUCUAUGUUUCUAUGUUUCUAUGUCACUGUCAUCGCUGGCUGAGAUAUGUCGCUGUGUUGAUAGCUGGCUGAGAGAUGUCGCUGUGUUGAUAGUUGGCUGAGAUAUGUUGAUGUGUUGAUAGCUGGCUGAGAUAUGUCGCUGUGUUGAUAGUUGGCUGAGAUAUGUCGCUGUGUUGAUAGCUGGCUGAGAUAUGUCGCUGUGUUGAUAGCUGGAUGAGAUAUGUCGCUGUAUUGAUAGCUGGCUGAGAUAUGUCGCUGUGGUAGCUGACUGAGAUAUGUUGUUGUAUUGAUAGCUGGCUGAGAUAUGUCGCUGUGAUCGCUGGCUGAGAUAUGUCGCUGUGUUGAUAGCUGGCUGAGAUAUGUCACUGUGAUCGCUGGCGGAGGUGCUAAGUCAGUGAGGGAAAUGGGUGAUGACUGUCCAUGUUUGUAAGAGACUGAUUUAGGUGCCUACUUUGUGCCAUAGCUAAGUAAUGUGGAGAUCAUAGGCCCUUAUGAGGUGAUUGAGAGCUGGAGGUUGAUUCAACAAUUCAAAUCAGCUUAUCUGUCUAUAUCAGGGGUGGUUAAACCCUAGAUCCUUAUGUGCAUUCUAAAGACUUGGAAACCAUUAUGGGAGGUGCAGUUCUACAAUACAUGGUGAUCUACCUAUGGCCUUCUCUGAUCCUGAUUGAUUUAAAGAAUGGCUUUUAAUGAAUUCAAUUUGCUUUGUUACCCAUAGUUUGGGGUAUUGCAGAAAACAAGAAGCCAUUCCCUCCCACCUACACUGAGGUUUUCCAUAUGGCCACAAACUGCACCGUGGGUCAACAAACAAUGUAAUGAGUCCUUUCUCUAACAUUACAUUGAAUUCGGGGGAGGGAGAACUCUCAUCCAUUCAACAUUCCUAAAGAUUACAACAAUUGUUCGCCUACAAUAAUCUUUUCCUGGGAUUUUUGUUCUCACAAUAAUAAAAAAAUAAAAAAGGAUUUUUAUGAACCUUAUUCACUACUGCAGCAUAAGUCAGGUUAACAAACUUGGGACAAUUUAUUAAACGUGUGAUGAGAUUUUAAAUAGUACAGAAGAACGGAUUGCAUUAGUUAUACAGUAGGUGGAGAAAAUAAUGACAAUCUUUUAUUAGUGAUGAGAUUUUCCCACUGCUGUCAGGUCAGCCUCAGAUUUUCUUUGAAUAUUAUCAUACAAGCCACGAGCGGUGUGUAGCGGUAAACUGUUCUAUUCUCUAAAAGAAAAGCAUCCAGAUCUUUUAGAGAUACAUUGCACACUCUGAUACCCAGAACACCCAACAAGGUCCGACGAUACUUAUACCUAAUGUUUGGCUGGACUAUCGAACUUUGAAUCCAUCCUGGUUUUCACUCUUUAAUAUAUUUACAGUUUUCAUCCUUUAUCAGUGAUAUUUGCAACAUAACAAUCUGAUACCAUUUUUGUACCAGAUGCACGCCUUUUAAAUCUACAACCAAGCACCGCACUCAGGGCCGGCCUUAGGCCUUUGGGCGCCUUGUGCGAAAAAUCUUCACAGCGCCCCCCCCUUUGCUCCCCUUCCCACACACCCUGUCACACACACACUCAGACAGCAACACGCACACACAGACAUAGAAACAUAGAAUGAGACAGCAGAUAAGAACCAUUCGGCCCAUCUAGUCUGCCUAGACAGUCACACAGAGGCAGACAGCCACACACACACAAACACACACACACACACACAGGCAGACAGCCACACACAGACACAGGCAGACAGCCACACAGCCACACACAAACACAGGCAGACAGCCACACACAGGCAGAAAGCCACACAGCCACACACACACAGGCAGACAAACACACACACAGACAGUCACACACACAGGCAGACAAUCACACAUAGUUACCUCUGUUCCUUGUGGAGGCAGACAGGCAGUGCGGCGCCUGGAUUCUGGUUGUUGGGGAAGCAAGGACUCCUUCCUGCUUCCCCUGCAGCAGUUACAUGGCACUUUUAGCUCCGCCCCGCCGCACGUUAAGCUCCGCCUCUGCCACACGGUAAGCUCUGCCCCGCCGCAAAUUUUUUAUUUUUUUUUAUCUCGGCUGGUCAUGCGUGAAGCAGGGGGCGCCCUCUGCGGCCGCACACCUCGCACACCCCUAAGGCCGGCCCUGCGGUCCGCACUCAUUGUACGUAAUGACUCCUCCUGGAUGGCUACCAUAUUUAACAGUUGACAAAGACAUUUGCGUUCUCCUAAUAUAAACUGUUACAAAUGUGCUGAAUAUAGUGAAAGAUGUCUCCUCAGACUAUAUCAGGAAGUUCUGGCACGGUAUAGGAAAUAAGUGUUUUUUGACACUCGCUAAUCUGUUUGUUGGUGGUUUUUUUUAUUUUUUUAAACCUGGUAACACGUGUGCCAAUUCCAAUGUGUUGAUUUUUGUUAAUAUUUAUUUAACUUUUGGGUUGUUUAUCAAUUAUCAUCAUGUGACCAAUUGGCGAGGAAAGUACCACACGAACAAAUAUUAACAGACAUUACAAAGCAAUUUAACAAACCACUGCGAACAUUAAAAACAAACUGGGUGACAUACAAUUGUUUUAAACUAGAACUUUCCUUUUAUUUAACAAAAAAAAAACCAUCAGUUAGAUUUUUUUCUUUAUGAGUUUAAUAAAGCUAUAUGGCCAUUCCUGGGCUCUUUCUUAAAUAAUCUUGUGUAAAGGUGGAUUACAUUUUAACACAUUACAAAUUUCCAUCUUUAAAUACCUUUUAGUUGUAAAAUAUUUACAGACGGCGGAUUUAGAGUGUGAAUCCUGACAUAUUUAUAACUGUUUUUGGCCAGAUGAGGAUUGGUCCAUAACUAAUGUAUUGUAACUUUAUAAUAUUGUAAAGCUCUGUGGAAUAAGUUGGACCUAUGUAAAUGCCGAUAACGAGAAUGGUAUUGUGAUCCUUUCACUGGUAUCUGAGGAAUUUAGGAUAGUGAUGUCUGUGGGUGUGUUCCAGUAAAUGUGAGUACAUCUCUCACAUGGACUGUCAUUAACACACUUUAUAUGUUUAGGCCGCAGCCAUAGGGCCAGUUUCAGAUCAUAUAAUGUAAACAGUGCCUUCGACGUAUAUGUGAAGAUAUUAGCUGAUAUAAACUGCUGUGUAGCAAUGUAACUAAAAGUCUGUUUUAAUGACCUCCCUUUAAACUGUUAUAGAUAUUUACUAAUAAUAUGUGUGAGCUGUUGAAAAUUAAAACGAAAUGUCAAAUUUUAACCCCAAAUAGCUGACUUGAAGAAUUUUUUCUAAUCUAGAUAUUUUUGCCUAGAAUUUGAAACCCUCUUUGAAUUCCUGACAAUGAAUUCCCAUUCUAGUGAGUAACCAGACAGACCGAUCUGAAAUACAUUGACAUAUAACUGUCACUUAACUCCUGUUACUCUACAGAGAAAAUAUGCAUUAACCCUGAGCUAACACACAAAAAAAAACAACUUAUCAAAUGUACAGGAUUACAAAUGUAUUAUUAUUAUUAUUAUUAUUUUAAACUAUUUAUAUAUGUCCAUAGCCUUUAUAUUCAUUUUUUUUUUAAAUCACUAUUUGUUGUAAGACAGGAUCCAUUCCAAUCAAAAAAAGUUUCAAUUAAAUUUCUAUUCAAAAUGUGUAUAUUACUUGAUUUAUUAACUGCACUAAUAAAAACGAGACAAUAAUGCACAUUUGUGUUUUUUACUUGUUCCAGCUCUCAGUACCUGCUUUCUGUAACUAUACAUUACUUCUUGUAAAAUGCAGAACGGGCAGGACCAGUGGUUUUUACCUGAAGACAGAAACUGGUCCAGUAUGCUGGUUUUGUUAAAGUAAUAUGUGUUAAAGAGUUACUCUGAGCGUGUUUCGUUAUGAAACGUUGCAAGUACUGAGAUGGACUCCUCUGCAGCCGGAGGUGUAAUUCUUGAACAAAGUGAUAUUUAUGAUCUGAAAUAAUGGCGGACAUAUAUUAAGGUAAAAACAAUCACUGUUCUGCGGCAAAGUGCUAAAUAAGGAGCAAUCGUUCUGGAAACCUUAGAUAGUCUUUUAACAUUUAUCAACUUGCAAACAAAUUAGCGCAUGUGUGUUUUAAAAUAUCACAAAUUAUUUGAUUUUCCACUGAUUUUAUAUUUUUCUGUACUGUAUAAUAGACCUGGGACUAGGUAAUACUGUGUUGUGCUUUAAAACCUGUAUGUGAGAACAGACAGAAUGUAUGACGUCCUCUUCUAUUGUGUCUAACAGGUCUUCAAAGUGGAUGUUCUGUUCAAUGGCCGCAGGCAUACUCUCGACCGUCGUUACAGUGAAUUCCUUGUGCUCCAUAAACUGGUAAUACAACUGUUUAUCUUGUUUGUGUGUUAGAGUUUCACCCUCCUAGGUUAGUGUGUGGCUUGGCUAACCAGAGACAAGGAGCUAAAGCCAACAGACACGCAUUUGUAACCAGACAAGUUGCACACACAGGAACAGAGGGAUUGAGGGCUCUGCUCAAUGAGUUUACAUGCUAGAGGGAGUGGGGUAUAGUGAUACAAAAGGUAAGGGUCAGGUUUUUAUGAUAGUAUUCACUGUGGACUUAGUGUUUUGUUUUUUAUAACAAUGUUGCAGGAGAGGAAUCAGGGUGCGGGGAGGGAAAGCUGUUCAGUUUAAUUGAUACGCUUUCCUGAAGAACUGAGCUUUUAAUAUUUUUUUUGAAGGAAUGGAGACUGGGUGAAAGUCUAACAGAGCCCUAGAGAUAUAUAUGUAGUUUGUUACAGCUCAUUCCCACGCAAGCUAAGUGUUAAUAAAGUUUAGUGAGGACAACGUGACACAAAUUCUCCACUGAUUAAAAUCAAGCACAGUGGCCAGGCAGGCUCCUUAUAAUGUAUCACCACCCUUAUUCUGACACAGGUGGCAAAUACAGAGAAACUGAUUCACACCUAGUGCAUGCUAUCUGAUUAAUUACAAAUAUACAAAGCCAAGUUAUAUUAUAUGGCGAACACACUAAUUACUCAGCAAGGACGGCUGGGCCGCCAUUUAUUGUUAUUAUUAUUAUUAUUAUUAAUAAUAUUCAGGGGUGUAAUACUAACAAUAAUUUAUAUUUAUGGUUCCCUUACAUUGACCGAGACCCCCAUCUUCAAAAUACAAUUUCUGUAACCAUCACCCUAAUUAUCUCUUGUUAGCACAGAUUUUCUACUAACAGACGAGACCGCCUUGCUUACACCAACUGGCGGUGUAUUCUACCAGGAUCAAUUAUAACAAAUUUCUCCUCACGAAAACAAUCAGACUGUCACAGACUGAGCUACCGACGCUGUGACUCAGUGCUGAGUAAAAAAUGGUUUUCAUUCCGAUUACGGCACAUAGGGCACAAUCUAUAGCGAUUACCCUUGGUGCCUUAUAGUGCCUCAUGCUGGCAAUCGUGAUACAAUUCGUACAAAAUUAAUCUUUAGAUCGAACAGCAGGUUGUUAGUAAAUUUCAUAAUUCAGUUCAUUUUACACAAAUUAGAGCUGUUAACAUUUUAGCCAAUCCCACAUUAAAAUACCUGGCACCACGUUCUUUUAACGUGUUAUUUUGUACCGGUGAUAUUAUUAUUAACCACGAAUGCACUCCGUAGUUAUCACAGUAGUGUCGUUUUUUUUUUGUUUUUUUUUUACUAUAUUGAUUUUUGUCAGUCAAAGUGCAAUUAAGUAAAAUCUUAUGGCACAAGAGCAUGAAAGUAUUGAACAGAUAAUAUAAUAGCUUUAUAAUAUCAGCACAACCUGUUAGCAGUUUUAUGUGGCACAGCACAGGUUACAGUUAGAGUUGGACAUUUGUUUUGUUUGUAUUAUUUUGGCCAUUUUUGACACAUUAUAAUUUAGUUUAGCAUGCUGCAAGAUGUCAUGUGUUAUACGUACACAAUGUGUGUGUCUCACAGUGCAUGGACAGAAAAGGGAGAAUUGAAAGUGAUUUCUUUAUUUCACUUUUGAAUUGCAGAACAAGUUUGUUAUAAGGAAACUAUUUUUGUACAAACAUCUUUUAUUUACCCACAAGGCCCUGUUUCUAUAACUACCCUAACUAGGGAAACAAACCAGUAAAUGUUCAUGGACUAUAUUCCUUACAUUUGAGAAUUGUGGGGAGUCAACAAACUUUUAGGACAAAAUUACUGAAAUGGAAAGAUUCUAAGAGUCUCUAAUGGAGGGGGCUUCCCUAAAUCUGCAGAUACCUUCCAAUCGCUAUUAUUGAACCGCCUUGUGGCCUGGUAGUGCUAUCUCUCCAGAAUGUGGCCUGCAGGAAAAGGAGCACUCGUGGUCAGCCACACCGACCAGAAUUUCCCAGUCUGAGAAACUUUGAGACAGUUAAUUGAAUUUUAAACAGUAAAAAGACAAAUAAUUGACCCUUUCAUUCCUGCCACCUCAAAUACAAUACCACUCUGUAAAAUACACUUUUCCUUCAUAAUGUUAACUUUUUGUGAGUCACGGCUCUUUCAGUCCCUCAAAGGACCCUUUAGAACCAGUAAAGUCCUACAGUUCCUGUUUAAGAUUGUUCAUUUGGGGUAACCCUUUAUGGUAACCCGAUGUUUUUUUUACCACUGUCAAUGUUGCAUUAUUUAACCUUUUAUAGGUCUCACUUGUCCUUUUUUCCAUUACGUCCGUUGAAGCUGGAAGGGAAUCUUUUAUUACAAGAGCCCAUAGUAUGUAGAUAAGACUGUUUUUCCUCAUCACUCUGUGAUCUAUAUAUAUAUAUAUAUAUAUAUAUAUAUAUAUAUCUGAAAUAACCUGAUGUUUGUUAUCAUAUGAUAAAGUAUUUUACAGAUAAUUUUUACUCCUUUUUCCAAAAUAUCAUAUUGGAAGCUAGAAAGAUGACUGACAGAUUAAAAAUAUAAAAUAUAAACCUAAGAACAUGAAAUUGUGAAUACAAUACUGUUGAGUGAGGAAAUGUGAUUAAUUAAGGAAAGGUGCCAAGCAGAGUGUGCGCAGGCAGACAGUGAUCUCAGAUUCCAGCAUUGCGGAAUCAGAGUGAUCUGGAGGGAUUCCGAAUGCAUUAUUUAUGAGCUAUAUAAAUGCAAAGAUUGAAAUAUAUUGUCUCUGAACACCACCAACAUUUAACGCGACCAUCACAAACAUACUCUGAGCCAAUCCUCCGAUUUUGGGAUGUUAGAGUAUGUCAGUAGAUUAGUUACAUAUAAUAUACUUUUGUUUGGUACAGUUGAAGAAGAUAUGCAAGGUCCCAGACUUUCCACCCAAACGAGUACCAAACUGGAUGUCCAAGGUCCAAGAGCAGCGGCGACAGGGACUGGAAACGUACAUACGGGUAGGUUGAUAAGACCACUUUUGUUCCUCAUCAAUAAAGUAAAUCGGAUAACCAAGCUUGAAUGUAGUUACAUUUUAAUUCACUAGAAAGGACCCAGGUUCACCAAGAUCAACCUUUCCCCCCCUGUUUCUGCCGUUGAUCCAAAGACCAGGGAUCCUUUCCACCGUUGGAACAUGGUAAAUCAUUCCUGUCUUCAAAAUGGUGUAUAUCACAUAUUGAUUUAUAUAUAUCAACAUGAAUAAAACAAAAAAAACAAUCCACUAUAAAGAACACUGUUUUCCUUGUAUUACAUCAUAAUAUAAGGGAAUCUAUCCUAUUAGCCCUCAUAAUAUAAGGGAAUCUAUCCUAAACCUCAUAAUAUAAGGGAAUCUAUCAUAUUAAACCUCAUACUAUAAGGGAAUCUAUCCUAUUAAACCUCAUAAUAUAAGGGAAUCUAUCCUAAACCUCAUAAUAUAAGGGAAUCUAUCCUAUUAGACCUCAUAAUAUAAGGGAAUCUAUCAUAUUAAACCUCAUAAUAUAAGGGAAUCUAUCCUAUUAAACCUCAUACUAUAAGGGAAUCUAUCCUAUUAAACCUCAUACUAUAAGGGAAUCUAUCCUAUUAAACCUCAUACUAUAAGGGAAUCUAUCCUAUUAAACCUCAUACUAUGAGGGAAUCUAUCAUAUUAAACCUCAUACUAUAAGGGAAUCUAUCAUAUUAAACCUCAUAAUAUGAGGGAAUCUAUCAUAUUAAACCUCAUACUAUAAGGGAAUCUAUCAUAUUAAACCUCAUAAUAUAAGGGAAUCUAUCCUAUUAGACCUCAUAAUAUAAGGGAAUCUAUCAUAUUAAACCUCAUAAUAUAAGGGAAUCUAUCCUAUUAGACCUCAUAAUAUAAGGGAAUCUAUCAUAUUAAACCUCAUAAUAUAAGGGAAUCUAUCCUAUUAGACCUCAUAAUAUAAGGGAAUCUAUCAUAUUAAACCUCAUAAUAUAAGGGAAUCUAUCCUAUUAAACCUCAUAAUAUAAGGGAAUCUAUCAUAUUAAACCUCAUAAUAUAAGGGAAUCUAUCCUAUUAAACCUCAUAAUAUAAGGGAAUCUAUCCUAUUAAACCUCAUACUAUAAGGGAAUCUAUCAUAUUAAACCUCAUAAUAUAAGGGAAUCUAUCCUAAACCUCAUAAUAUAAGGGAAUCUAUCAUAUUAAACCUCAUAAUAUAAGGGAAUCUAUCAUAUUAAACCUCAUAAUAUAAGGGAAUCUAUCCUAUUAGACCUCAUAAUAUAAGGGAAUCUAUCAUAUUAAACCUCAUAAUAUAAGGGAAUCUAUCCUAUUAGACCUCAUAAUAUAAGGGAAUCUAUCCUAUUAGACCUCAUAAUAUAAGGGAAUCUAUCAUAUUAGACCUCAUAAUAUAAGGGAAUCUAUCAUAUUAAACCUCAUAAUAUAAGGGAAUCUAUCCUAUUAGACCUCAUAAUAUAAGGGAAUCUAUCCUAUUAGCCCUCAUAAUAUAAGGGAAUCUAUCCUAAACCUCAUAAUAUAAGGGAAUCUAUCCUAUUAGACCUCAUAAUAUAAGGGAAUCUAUCCUAUUAGACCUCAUAAUAUAAGGGAAUCUAUCCUAAACCUCAUAAUAUAAGGGAAUCUAUCCUAUUAAACCUCAUAAUAUAAGGGAAUCUAUCCUAUUAGACCUCAUAAUAUAAGGGAAUCUAUCAUAUUAAACCUCAUAAUAUAAGGGAAUCUAUCCUAAACCUCAUAAUAUAAGGGAAUCUAUCCUAAACCUCAUAAUAUAAGGGAAUCUAUCCUAUUAGACCUCAUAAUAUAAGGGAAUCUAUCCUAUUAGACCUCAUAAUAUAAGGGAAUCUAUCCUAUUAAACCUCAUAAUAUAAGGGAAUCUAUCCUAUUAGACCUCAUAAUAUAAGGGAAUCUAUCCUAUUAGACCUCAUAAUAUAAGGGAAUCUAUCCUAAACCUCAUAAUAUAAGGGAAUCUAUCCUAUUAAACCUCAUAAUAUAAGGGAAUCUAUCCUAAACCUCAUAAUAUAAGGGAAUCUAUCCUAUUAGACCUCAUAAUAUAAGGGAAUCUAUCCUAUUAAACCUCAUAAUAUAAGGGAAUCUAUCCUAUUAGACCUCAUAAUAUAAGGGAAUCUAUCCUAUUAAACCUCAUAAUAAGGGAAUCUAUCCUAUUAGACCUCAUAAUAUAAGGGAAUCUAUCCUAUUAAACCUCAUAAUAUAAGGGAAUCUAUCCUAUUAGACCUCAUAAUAUAAGGGAAUCUAUCCUAUUAGACCUCAUAAUAUAAGGGAAUCUAUCCUAUUAGACCUCAUAAUAUAAGGGAAUCUAUCCUAUUAAACCUCAUAAUAUAAGGGAAUCUAUCCUAUUAAACCUCAUAAUAUAAGGGAAUCUAUCAUAUUAAACCUCAUAAUAUAAGGGAAUCUAUCCUAUUAAACCUCAUAAUAUAAGGGAAUCUAUCCUAUUAAACCUCAUACUAUAAGGGAAUCUAUCCUAUUAGACCUCAUAAUAUAAGGGAAUCUAUCCUAUUAAACCUCAUAAUAUAAGGGAAUCUAUCCUAUUAGACCUCAUAAUAUAAGGGAAUCUAUCCUAUUAGACCUCAUAAUAUAAGGGAAUCUAUCCUAUUAGACCUCAUAAUAUAAGGGAAUCUAUCCUAUUAAACCUCAUAAUAUAAGGGAAUCUAUCCUAUUAAACCUCAUAAUAUAAGGGAAUCUAUCCUAUUAGACCUCAUAAUAUAAGGGAAUCUAUCCUAUUAGCCCUCAUAAUAUAAGGGAAUCUAUCCUAAACCUCAUAAUAUAAGGGAAUCUAUCCUAAACCUCAUAAUAUAAGGGAAUCUGUCCUAAACCUCAUAAUAUAAGGGAAUCUAUCCUAUUAGACCUCAUAAUAAAAGGGAAUCCUUCCUAUUUGAAAUGAUUCUAUAGAAUCUGUCAGUGGAAACUCACCGUAAUCCCCAUAACUGUAUUAUCCUUAAAGCACUGCUGAAGGUGAAAUCUUGUUUUUUGUUUUUUUUGUACAGUCCUGUUAAUGACUCUGUUGAUCCAGGUGUAAGUGGAAUGUCUAUUCUGUUUUUUUUGUAUAGUUCUGUUAAUCCAAUAUAUUGCUCUUACAGCAAAUGGUGUCCUAUAGGUAAAAUCUUCAUGUGCUUUUUAUAUAUUCGAUACAUUCUUCCAGUCUCUUAACCCUAUAGAAUACAUACCCUCUCUCCCUACUAAUAACUAUAUAUUACACACCAAUAUUAUAUACUUUUAUUUCUUUUUUAAUUUAAAUGGUUUACUAUUUGUGUUUUGUUUUCAUCUAAACACCUCAUACUAAGAUGAAUCCAAAUAUAACCAUACUGUUAUUCUUAUUAACCCUUUUCUCACUCCAAUUUUGUUCACAUCACUACCACCAUAAGCACACACCUCAAACUGGAACACAAAUUAUCAUACACCAUGGCCUGCUCUGUUGCUGUAACUUAUCUGCUGAGUGCUGGUGGAGAGUUCUAAAAAAGAGCCCUCCUACUCCCACCUCACAAAAUUAUAAAUUAUCCCAUUAACUAAAUGGCCAAACAAAGAUGAUGUCCAAAUUCCUAUUCCUUAUGUUACUUGCCAUUGCAAAUGAUGUGGAGUCCAACCCUGGUCCCCCAGCUAAUUCUAGUCCUAAUCUCCCCACUAAAAAAGGCCUCUCUUUUGUGCACUUCAACAUCCGUAGCUUACUCCUUAAACUGGAUGUACUGCAAGCCUGGUGUUCCCAUUACAAACCAAAAAUCAAUGGGCUCUCUGAAUCAUGGUUAACAGCUAAAAUACCAGACUGCCAUUGCAAUACAGGGUAUUCAUGUUUUAGAAAUGACAGAGCAAAGAGAGGAGGAGGCAUUGUUAUUUAUGUUGACAAGUCCUUAAAAUUUACUCCUUUACAAACCUAUAACUCCCCUUCUGCCUUUGAUUACCUUUCUGGCACAAUUGAGAUCUCUUUCAGUAAAACUAUCAUUGUUGCUGGAAUCUAUCGCCCAUCUAGCUCUCCGGUGCACUCCCUUUCUGACAUUGCCCAUCUACUAAGUGAAACUGUAGCUCAAAACCAAAAAAGUGAAUUGUUAAUAUUGAAUGGCUGAAUCCUAAAAAUAAUAAAUCAUGUACGCUAACACAAUUAAUUUCCUCCCCAACUCGCAUUAAUAUUAAAAGCCAGAACCAUACCUUGCUCGAUUAGAUUCUCUGUCCUGACAGAAUUGAGGAGGCGGGCGUUCUUCCUAACAGUUUCAGUGACCACUGUAUAGUGUACUGCAUACGCCAAAUAAAGGCCACUAAAUCCAAUAAAGGCCACUAAAUCACCAGGUGGUGUUUCAUAAAAUGUAAUCUUGAAUCCUUUUUAAACGAUCUCAAGAACAUACCAUGGCACAGAUUAGGUCUAAUACCAGAUCUAAACUCUGCAGUUGCAUUUUUUCAGUCCGCGCUCUUGCGUGUUUGGAAUUUUCAUGCCCCUCUGCAUAGAGUAUGAAUAAAAGGGACACACCUGCCCUGGGUUACAGCCAGAGGCGGCUCUCUAAUUAGGCGAUUUAGGCGGCUGCCUAAGGCCUCGCGCUGUGUGGGGCCUCGCGGCCACCUAAAUCGCCUGAGGGCAGACUGACAUGUCGGGUCCUCUGUCUAUGACCGAGGACCCGACACAGGAGGGGGCCUGGCGGCUUGCCCUUUGUGCCGCCGGGUGCGAGGCCCCUCCUGUCAGUCUGCCCGGGGAGAGAGCCGACCUCAGUCUGCAGCUCCGCCGGGUGAGAGCUGCAGACUGAGGUGUCUCGCGCUCUCCAGCCAAUCAGAGCGUUGCCGCGGGUUACCACGGCAACGCUCUGACUGGAGAUCGUGAGACAUUCUCCAUGUGGUCCAGACUGACCCCACUGGACCACCAGGGAAAAAGGUACAUUUUGAUUCCCCACCCUGCACCCCACCUGUCACCCCCCCUCACCCUGCACCCCACCUGUCACCCCCCCUCACUGCCACCUCACCCUGUCACCCCCCCUCACCCUGCACCCCCACCUGUCACCCCCCCCUCUGCCACCUCACCCUGUCACCCCCUCACCCUGUCACCUCCCCUCACCCAGUCACCUCCCCUGUCACCUCCCCUCACCCUGUCACCUCACCCACUGUCACCCCCCUCACUGCCACCUCACCCCUGUCACCCCUCACCCUGUCACCUCCCCUCACCCAGUCACACCUCCCUCACCCAGUCACCUCACCCUGUCACUCCCCUCACCCUGUCACCUCACCCUGUCACACCCCCCUCCUGCACCUCACCCUGUCACCCCCCGUCACCCUGUCCCUCCCCAGUCACCCAGUCACCUCACCACUCUCCUCCCUCACCCCUGCCACCUCACCCUGUCACCCCCCCUCACUGCCACCUCACCCUGUCACCCCUCCCUCACCCCUGUCACUCCCCUCACCCAGUCCCUCACCUGUCACUCUCCUGUCACCUCUCCUGUCCCUCACCCCCCCCUCACUGCCACCUCACCCUGUCACCCCCCCCCACCCUGCCCCACCUGUCCCUGCCCCUCACUGCCACCUCACCUGUCUCCCCCCCUCACCCUGUCCUCACCUCCCUCACCUGCACUCACCUCACCUGUCACCUCCUCACCCUGUCACCUCACCCCUGUCACCUCACCCUGUCACCCUGCCUGUCACUCCCACUCACCCUGUCACCUCUGUCACUCCCCACCCUGUCACCUCUGUCUCCUCUCACCCUCCUGUCACCUCCCUCCUCACCCAGUGACCUCACCCUGUCACCCCCACUGUCACCCCCCACACUGUCACCUCACCCUGUCACACCUCACCUGCCACCCGGUCACCCUGUCACUCACCCUCACCCUGUCACCUCACCCCUGUCACCCCCUGCCCUCACCUCACCCUGCCACCCCUCACCCUGUCACCUGUCCCCCUCCACCCUGCCACCUCACCCUGUCACCCCCUGCCGCCACCUCACCAUGUCACCCCCCCCUCACCCCCUGCCCCCUCCCCUGUCCCCCCCUCACCCUGUAACCUCCUCACCCUGCCACCUCACCCUGUCACCCCCCUCACCCCCUGUCACCCCCGUGCCAUCAUCUCACCCCUGCCACCCCAUCUGUCACCCCCUCACCCCUGCCACCCCACCUGUCACCAUCAUCUCACCCUGCCACCCCACCUGUCACCCCUCACCCUGCUACUUCACCCCCCCCACUCACCCUGUCACCUCCCCUCACCCAGUGACCUCACCCUGUCACCCCCACUCACCCCUGUCCCCCCCUCACCUGUCCUCACCCUGUCCUCACACUGUCGUCACCUGUCACUUCUCAUGCGUUAUUCAGCCCAGGAGGUCGGGAGGAGAGGCUCCCAUGCCAGCGGAAAGGUAAAGUUUAACCCUUUUUCCCUUUCCAGGCUUGAGGCCGGGAGGAGAUGCCCAGUGACCUCACCCUGUCACCCCCACUCACCCUGUCACCCCCCCUCACACUGUCACCUCACCCUGUCACCCCCCCUCAUGCGUGCGCAUUCAGCCCAGGAGGAGGAUCGGAGGAGGAGAGCUCCCCGCCCAGCGCUGGAAAAAGGUAAGUUUAACCCCUUUUUCCCCUUUCCAGAGCCGGGCGGGAGGGGGACCCUGAGGGUGGGGGCAUCCUCAGGGCACUAUAGUGCCAGGAAAACGAGUAUGUUUUCCUGGCACUAUAGUGGUCCUUUAAUGCCAAAGGCCACAGGCAGUACACAAACAUACACAUGCUCAGAGAAACAUGCAUACAUAUACAAAGAUACUCACUGCCAGACACACACUCUCAGGCACACACAGGUAGACAAUGCAACGACGUAUACAAAGACUAGUUCUCUAUAUCCAGUACUGCAAGCCCGCCCUUCAAUAUAUCUACAGCUUCUUAUACACACACAAGUCAACUGCUGUUUUUUUCCAAUAAUGGUGUUAGUGGGGGCCUCAUGUAUAAGUUUCGCCUAAGGCCUCGCCAAGUCUAGAGCCGCCACUGGUUACAGCUGACCUCAUUUAAAUGUACCACUUUAAAGAUUCACUGUGAUCAAAGUUCAAGCGUUCUGGCUCCAUGAACGAUCACUGUACCUACAGACAAUUGCGAAAUGCAUGCACAAAUCAAACAAAAAUGGCAAAGGCCCAAUAUUUCUGUGAAAAUUUGAACAACCUAUCAAACCCAAGAAACUUCUGUAAAAUUAUAAAUAGCAUACAAACCCCCACAACCCACUCCCAACCCUCCACUGUCAAAAUGGACAACCAAAUACUGCAACACCCCCUAGAUGAGGCAAAUUCCUUUAAUCAUUAUUUUGUUGGCUGUGCUACCACCCUGGUUGCUAAGAUAACAAAUUACUGUCAUUUUCAGACCACAAAAAAAGAUGAGGCCCUGCCAAAUCUUCAAAAUCCUCAUAUAGAGAAAUUCAAUUUUAGACCUGUGCCUGUUAGUGUCCUUAAUAAACAUCUUAAUAAUUUAAAAACGAAAAACCAGUGUGGACCAGAUCUAAUCCCAGCAAUGUUGCUGAAGCUCAGUGCACCAGCAAUUGCUAAACUUUCACUACCCUUAUCAAUGAAUCCCUGGUGUCGGGAUACAUACCCAAACUUUGGGAGACUGCAAAAGUUGUACCUACCCAUAAAACAGUCCUGUUGCUGGCUGCUUUAACGGUCCUGUUAAUGACUCUGUGACCAUACUUUGGUAUCUAAAUAUCGCCCGAUAUCAUUGCUCCCAGUAUUGUCGAAAAUCUUGGAAAAAUGUGUCCACAUGCAUAAAUGGACAAAGUAUCCUUAGCCAACUAUACAGAGUGUGGGCUGAAAAGAAUAAGAGUGUAUCCCCUGAAAUAGAGACUAUUAGCGUGAACCUUGAUUGAGCGAUGUGCUUACAAUUGCACAUAUAUUGCUACUAAUUUAAGUUGUCCGUAAUGGGCACAGUCAAAUUAAUUUAAUACCAGGGGCGGUGGGUGAUAUUGAUAACAACCAAGGCAAUAGGUUGUAGAAGGUAUAUAGGAGUAUAUGGGGAGCAGUAUAAGCCGAACUAGUGAUAUAAUCUCAAUACUAGUCGGCCAAUAAUACUCUCCCCCCAAUUGAAAUACUCCAACUAGUUCUUAAUGCAAUGAGAGUAUAGGAGUACUAGGGGGAAGGUAGAAGGUAAAUGGCAAUGUAAGCCGAAUUAAUAAUAUAGUCAGAAUGUUAACCGAUAAACCACCUAUCACCCCAGUUCACUCCAUCUAAUCCCCAAUGCCACGGUUGAUUGAACAGUAUACGGAGGGAACGUCGGGGUAAUUUAUUGGUCCGCCCAGACAGAGCUCAAGAAUCUCAACUGCUCAUACAAAAGACGAGCAUCUAGAGUGCUCUUACUGAGUCCCCAUAGUACAUCUGUAUAAAGAGAUCCAAAAGUAACUAAAGGCUUGUUGACAGCAAGCGUCGUCUUAGCAUAGCAUACUGAGUAGGUCUAAAAGUGCAGGGGAGUAUUAUGCUAGGUCAAUAACUGUAAGGUAUAAAUGGUCGACUGGUGGCAGCAAAAAUCUCCCGCAGCACCCUAGGAAGAAAGUACCUCAGAUUCCUACGCGUACGGCUAUGACAGCUUGAAACUGCAUAAUGAGUAGGUCUAAUAAUGCAAGGGAGUGUUAUGCUAGUUCAGUAGCUACAGAACACCCAUAGCCGACAGGUGGCAACAAAAAUCUCCCUAUGAGUAAGGUGCCUCAGGUUUCCAAAUGAGCGGCUAGACGGCUAAAUAAAAGUAAGAACAACAAGCCCUAGUAGCUCAAAGAUAAAUUAAAUCCCCCAAACCAAUUUUCUUAAUAAAGUAGAUAGUGAUCCUAAAUAAAAUACAUAUUAGUAUCAGUGAUGCUCAACGCGCGUUUCGGCAUCAGCAUGCGCCUUUGUCAAGAGCUAACCUCAGUUAGAAAUCUCAAUGUAUCCAUCCUGGUAAAAUAUUUUAUAAAUAAAUAUUACUAUUAUGAUGUGUAAAUUUGUUUUAUGUUUCAGGGGGUUUUAUAUUACAAUCAGGAUGUCCCCAAGGAACUGUUGGAUUUUCUGAAGCUCAGACAUUUCCAUUCAAGCAGAAAGAACUGCAGUCUAGAGUAAGUUUUUAUCACGAGUGUGAUUGUAAAUGACGGUAGUAUCCAGCACCCUGCUCUGUCAUUAAAACAAAAUAACACUGUGUGGGUAAGAUACAUUGACUGGAUGGAAGAAAAUUAAUACCAGGAGUAGCAUCUUUGUUUUAAAAAUGAUUUUCUUUAUAUCCAUCCGGGUUAUAGAAAUUCGCUUGGGAUUUAUUUGGAAAUGUGUCGUCAUUUCAAGUCCUGGAUUUUUCUUUUGUAGUUUUUCUGUGAAGCCUCUUUUCAUUGUGAUGUGUGUGGCUAUAGUUAUGUAACUGAAAAGAGACUUGCGUCCAUCAAGUUCAGCCUUCCUUACAUUGUUUUUUGCUGUUGAUCCAAAAGAAGGCAAAAACCCCAGUUUGAAGCACUUUCCAGUUUUGCAACAAACUAGGACAAUAUUCCUUCUUGACUCCAGAAUGACAGUUACAUCUUUCACUGGAUCAAGAAGCUGUUACCCCCACAUGAUAUCCCUGAAUAUUAUGUUUUUGCAAGUAUUCAUCUAGUUGCUGUUUAAACAUGUGUACAGACUCUGAUAAAAAACACCUCUUCAGGCAGAGAAUUCCACAUCCUUAUUGUUCUUACUUUAGAAAAACCUUUCAGUCGCCUUAGACUAAAUAUUAUUAUUAUAAAUCUCCUUUCUUUCAAUCUAAAUGCAUGACCUUGUGUCUUAUGUAAAGUCCUGUUUGUGAAUAUAUUUUCACACAGUGGUUUGUAUUGGCCUUGGAUAUAUUUUUUAAUAAUGCUGAUGUAGUCCCUGUGAGGUGCCGUUUUUUUUCCAACUAAACAGAUUUAAAUGAGUUAACCUUUCUUCAUAACUAAAAUCUUCCAUUCCUUUUAUUAAUUUUGUAGCCCACAUCUGCACUUUUCUAACAUUAUCAUAGAACAGGUUCCCAAUAUUGCACAGCAUAUUCAAGAAGUGGUCUUUCCAUUGAUUUAUAAAUAGGCAAAAUUAUAUUUUCAUCCCAAAAAUUAAUGCCCCUUUUUAUACAUGACAAUAUCUUACUGACAUUAGCAACUGCUGAUCGACAUUGUACAUUGUUAGUUUGUUGUCUAAAACAUUUAGGGUGUCAGUUACUUCUGCAUUCUUUACCCCAAAGUGCAAAACUUUGCAUUUAUCUACAUUAAAUUUCAUCUGCCAUAUGAGUGGCCAGUCCCCCAGUCUAUCUAAAUCCCUCUGCAGCAAGCUCACAUUGCAUUAUUUUACAGAGUUUUGUGUUAUCCGCAAACACUGAAAUGUGGCUUUCAAUGUCUUUGUAAAAAUAAAUAUAUCUUUUAUAUAGUAAGAUUGUAUAUCCUUGUUCCCCCCAGAUCCCUAACAGACAUUACAUUGGAUAAAACCAGGUAUGAAGGCAUUCACUGUGUUAUACUAUCUAUUCUCCCGCAUAAGUCCAUAAAAAAAAUAUAGAUAUUUAAUGUGUUCUGCCUAAUCUGUAUAUAACUGUAUGGUUAGGAUUUUUGUUGCUUUCCAAUAUGUAUAUAGUGAUACUGUUGGGGUGUGGUAAGGAAUGGUUUUGGACCAGCUCUCUUACUUGUCAUGCAGUGUUCUGUCUUGUAGUUUCUCCUACGUCAACCACCGCCAUUUUAUUUUCUUUAUUUUUGGUGCUUUCCAGAUCUCACCCUUAUAACCCCAUACUGCAGAAUAUGCAUGGUCUCUGAAUAUGAUAUUAAAGGGACACUAUAGUCACCUGAACAACUUUAGCUUAAUGAAACAGUUUUGGUGUAUAGAACAUGCCCCUGCAGCCUCACUGCUCAAUCCUCUGUCAUUUAGGAGUUAAAUCCCUUUGUUUAUGAACCCUAGUCACACCUCCCUGCAUGUGACUUGCACAGGCUUCCAUAAACACUUCCUGUAAGGAGAGCCCUAUUUAGGCUUUCUUUCUUGCAAGUGCUGUUUAAUUAAGAUUUUAUUAUCCCCUGCUAUGUUAAUAGCUUGCUAGACCCUGCAAUAGCCUCCUGUAUGUGAUUAAAGUUCAAUUUAGAGAUUGAGAUACAAUUAUUUAAGGUAAAUUACAUCUGUUUGAACGUGAAACCAGUUUUUUUCCAUGCAGGCUCUGUCAAUCAUAGCCAGGGGAGGUGUGGCUAGGGCUGCAUAAACAGAAACAAAGUGAUUUAACUCCUAAAUGACAGUGAAUUGAGCAGUGAAAUUGCAGGGGAAUGAUCUAUACACUAAAACUGCUUUAUUUAGCUAAAGUAAUUUAGGUGACUAUAGUGUUCCUUUAAACCCAGCAGACUGACCGGGAGGGAGAGAUGAGAUGAACUACUGUGUGUUUAGUCCUGGCUUUCCCUUUUAGACUGCACAAUAAUAAGCUAGUCUGGAAAGAUUCUCCGAUCUUUUUAUUAGACUCAGCACUGAUAUGUGCCCCAAAAUCUGUGCCUGGCGGGUAUUACCUCACUGUGCCGAACUGUGACUAGCUGAUACCCUUAGCUCAAUGAUUUCGUAAUCCAGCAGUCUACAUAAAGGCAAAAUCACUUUUUCUUGCCUUACCCGCCUGAGAGAGUUUUAGUUCCUAAUUCUAGCUUCCUAUUUAUCCAGUUGCUAUAGUAGGCCUCACUUGUGUAUAUAACACUGAGGCGCAGACAGUGUUAUUCAAUAAAAAAAGUGAAUUGUUAGUAAUUCAAAGUGAAUCUUUACAUGCUAUACUGAAAUAAUCAAACGGUUAUGUUUUUUUUAAACCCCUCCCAAAACAAACUGGAGACAAGAAUAACCCAUGGUUAAAACAGAUUCCUCCCCUCCCCAUUACAGUCCUACAGUUAUACUAACAAAUUAUUAGCGCCCAGAAUUCCGGGGCUAUCUUUACUAUUGUCUUGUCUUCACGCAAUGAGCAAUAUAGAUACAGACACACAUUCUCAAUUUAUUGAUUCAUUGUUUCUGGACAUGACCCCUUAUUUGUUUCUUAUAAAUAAAGAUAAUUAUUUAGCUUGAAAUUCUGUAACUCGACUUUUACCUAAACAUAUUUAGUAUACUCCUCACCAUCCUACUUUUUUCACAAAAAGGUAGCAACAAUUAACUAUAUGACUGUCUGUGAAAUGCCCUUCAAGCUUGGAGCUAGUCAAGUUUGCUGUUGUUGAACAUAUUCCAACAAAAAUUGGCCUAUAAAUUUAAAAACAGACUGGCUACAUACAUGUUAAAUAAACAAUGUACAGUUAAAAAAAAAAAUUUAAAUAAAACAACAAAGGGAAUAUGUCUCAAUCUUGAUAUAACGAUGGCGCUAACAGCGAAAACAUCUCUGGAAUACACAUUAUGAUACUCUGCCCAUGACAAAGUUGGCACACCACCCUUUUAUUUACCCACCUCCUAAGCUAUUUUUUUUAUUAGCCUGUUUGUAUCCACAUUUUGUUAUCAAUGUCCAGGCAUAUGAAGAUUACACUAGAAGUGUUAGGAGACGCAGACAAAUGUAAUAUUUUAUUAUUUGUUAUCGUUUUAUUAUUCUUACAUAUAUUACUUUGCAGGCCCUGGUAAUUGGCCAUUUUGUUUUAGUCUAUUUAGAAUGAAUUGUUAUAUUGGUGACUUUCACAACUAUCAUUCACAUGGUCUAACGUUUAAUAAAUAUAUUGCAAUUAUGGUAUCAUAUUGUGAAUCUUCGCCACUCAAAAUAAAAGUGAAUGUUUAAAGAAAGCAAGGUUUGUCAUGCUUACCACUUUCAUAGCUCCAGAUCUUAUUGAUGUAAUAGAGCAAUGAGGAAACUUCGCCACCUAGUGGUUGGUUAUAUUAUUGCAUGCCACAUACCUUUAGUGCAUAAGUCACCUAAGAGGUCUUACUCAAUAAAUAUUGUAUAAAAGAAAAAGCCGACAUUCCUUUCAAUUGCCUUAGCUCCUGAAUGUCUUAUUUUUACCUUACAAUUAAUUAUUAUUUUUUUUAAUUCCUUAUUUAAAGUGUUUUGUUUAAGUUCCACACAAAAUAGAUGAACAUACAACAAAGUGUUAGCAGUAUAGGUUAUUACAUGCUAUUUGAGGCCGGUCCGUGGCGUGGAAAUCUGUUCUACAAUACGUACAUUUGCAUUUUAAUGUACAUUUUUUUUCUUUUCUUUCUCCUGCAGCUCCUGGUUGACACAUAAACCCGUGGUGGGAUAUUAUAAAGAUCACUACAUUCUCCCACCAGAUACAGGUAAGGCAGCACUACCGAUUGUGAAAUCAAAGCUUUAUUCAGUUGUAUUAGUCGUUUAAAAAAAAAAAUGAGGCAGAAGCAUAUUUUUUGUCCUUUUUUUUUUAUGUUUCUCAAACAUAAUUAUUUUCUCCCAGUGGCAAAUCAUCUGACAUUCUAUUGAUUUCCAUGGUGAUUGCUACUUAUUUAGAUUUGAUAAAUUUUAUCAUUUUUUUCUACUCUGUUCAUUCAUUAUGUAUUUUAUUUGUGCUUAAAUUUCCUAUAAAAUGCAUUAUUAAAGGGACACUAUAGUCACCUGAACAACUUUAGCUUAAUAAAGCAGUUUUGGUGUAUAGAACAUGCCCCUGCAGCCUCACUGCUCAAUCCUCUGCCAUUUAGGAGUUAAAUCCCUUUGUUUAUGAACCCUAGUCACACCUCCCUGCAUGUGACUUGCACAGCCUUCCAUAAACACUUCCUGUAAAGAGAGCCCUAUUUAGGCUUUCUUUAUUGCAAGUUCUGUUUAAUUAAGAUUUUCUUAUCCCAUGUUAUGUUAAUAGCUUGCUAGACCCUGCAAGAGCCUCCUAUAUGUGAUUAAAGUUCAAUUUAGAGAUUGAGAUACAAUUAUUUAAGGUAAAUUACAUCUGUUUGAAAGUGAAACCAGUUGUUUUUUUUUUCAUGCAGGCGCUGUCAAUCAUAGCCAGGGGAGGUGUGGCUAGGGCUGCAUAAACAGAAACAAAGUGAUUUAACUCCUAAAUGGCAGUGAAUUGAGCAGUGAAAUGCAGGGGAAUGAUCUAUACACUAAAACUGCUUUAUUUAGCUAAAGUAAUUUAGGCUACUAUAGUGUUCCUUUAACAUGACCUAAAAACACAUUGUGUGUGUGUUGGAGAAAUUAGUUCUCUAAAUAGGCCAACACUUUUAUAUAACUGCCAGCAAUAAAAGUAUGAAAAGAGCUUAAAGGUAACCCUAAUGUUUUCCUCUUUCUGCCAUCUUUCCCCAAAAUGUUUUUUUUUUUUUUUUUUAAAUAAAUCCAAGGUGAAUUUCACAUUUAAGGCCAAAAGAACCAAAUUUCAAACAGCGGACAUGGAUAAUCGUUCCAUUUGGGCUAUUUUUACAUUUGAAUUUGUGAGAGUUUAUACUUUAGUGAAUAAUCCGGAUAGUAGUACAAAAAGACUACACAUACCAUGUUAAUAGUCUGAAACAGUCUUUGUUUGAGAUUGUGAUUAUGUGUUAUACAAUUACAUCUUCUUGUAUCCCAACAGAUAUAAUUGAAAACAUGGUUUUAGAUGGUGUACUUCGAGGAAUCUACCAGCAGGAAGUUCUACCUACAUCCAAAAAAUGUCUUCCUGCCAGGAUUCAAAUUUUGGUAACAGAAGAACAAGAACGAUGAAUGACUUGCCCUUGGAAUAUCUAACUAGUGGCUUUAUCUUACUUUCGAAAACGAGAGAAAAAAAUCACAAGAUGGGAUUGAUCUGUUUCUUUUUUGAAGGCCAGAGUUGUUUGAAGAGAGGUUCAUUGUCUAAACUACCUUGUUUGAAGAAGACUUUCUGGAAUCCUGCAGGAAAAAUGUCAUGAGAAGUUAGAUAUUAUGAAUGUGUUAUUUCUAAUCUUUGCAUGGAUUCUCCAGGUCUCGGUGAAAGCCAUUGAAAGUGUCCAUGAAAAGAACACAGUAAAAUUUGUGUCAUUCUUGGCAUUUGGUCAAAUUUGGACGAAUGUUUUUUUAUACUUUUUCAAUUCUCCCAAGGACAUAAACCAAAAAGGUUGAAUCUACACUUGGAGUUGUGAUAUAUUUGAGCUUUGUAGAACGAAAAAACAAACAAAAAAACUAAAAAACUUCAGAAUUCGUUUCCAAUUGUUUUGUAAUUGCGUUGCAUGUAUUACAAGCUGAAAUCCACAUAAAAUAAUUUGUGUAAUGCAGAAUGGCAUUAAGACAAGAGAGAAAAAAAAAACAGAAGGUAACCACAGGCUCAGAGGUCCUAUAUGAUCUUGGAGGAAAGCCUACACAAGGCUAUCUCCACACAUGGAGACGUACAGCCACUGCACUCAGUAUUACAUUCACAGAUUACACAAAGGCCCAUUUAAUGCACAUUGGAUCAGCUCACUGAUUAGUUUUUUUUUUCAAUUUGAAAUUUUGGUUUUAUUAGUGAAUCACAUUGUUUAGUUUUCGGCGCCUGCCUGCCAGGGUACAAAAUAAGAAAAGUGGGGGUUAUGCAGGACAUUUCGUUACAUCAUUGGGGUCGAGUACAAUUUCAGUGUUACACUUUAUCGCCAAUACACAAUACCUUCUGUUUUUCUAGUGAGCAUUGCUGAGCUUUUUAUAGGUUGGCUUGGGAAUCCUCCAGUUCCCUUCCUGUCAGUGUUUGUGUUUUCGUUGUGAUUAUGUAAUUUGUGCUUGUUGUACGAUCCCCUCUAUUCGUUACCAAGUCCCCCCCUUUACUUUCCUUCCUUGCCCUUUGUCUCUCUCCCUCCCCCAUGUUGACCUGGUUGUGCGCUGAGAUAAGUUCUCCAUCUCUCCCCCGCUUGACUCGUGUGUUUCCUCUGCCCUAUGUGCUUAUCUGCCAUUUGCUCAUAUUUCCAGUUGAGAGAUGUUUGGGUUAGUAGGGCUUCUCUGGUGGAUGUCUGUGUUGACUUCCAUACUCUUGCUAUAAUGGUCACUGCUGAUAUUAGAAGGUGGAAUAUCAAUCUCUCUUCAGUUUUUCCUAGUGUUGUUGGUAUCAUGAAUAGUAUGCAUUGUUCUAUGUUUAUGGGCCAAGUUCUACCCAGCAUCUCUGUCGCCACCCUCUCUACCUUUUUCCAGAACGGUUUGAUGUUGUUGCAUGACCACCAUAUGUGGCUCAUCGAGCCUUCCCUCCCUUUACACCUCCAGCAUUUAAUUGGUAUACCUUUGUGUAUCGCAGCUAGUUUCUCUGGUACCAUGUACCAUCUGUAUUGUAGCUUUCGGAUAGUGUCUAGGUGGGAUGUGCAUAGUGUGUUCCCCUUGUGUAUUGUGAAUGCCCUUUGCCAUGUUUCCGCCUCGAUAUCAUGGCCCAGUUCGGUGUGCCAUGCUGUUUAAAAAGUCAUGGCUGUCCCUGUGUCUAAUGUUAGUAGGGAGGUGUACAGUGUUGACAGUGCUUUUUUGGGGGGUCUGCACGCUAGGCACAGUUUUUCAGUGCUGUUCGUAUGUGUUGUCUCCUGGCCUUGUAAUGUCGUGCCUGUGAGGAGCGACUUCAUUUGUAGGUAUGUGUACAGUGUUUUAUUGGGUAUAUUGUAUAGGGAUUGGAGUUCUGGGAAGGGCAUCAGUUUGUUUUUUUUGUUUUGUUUUUGUCAAUCUUUCUUUUAUUGAAGCAUAUUAGAUGGGGUACAGAAACAAAGAGAGGGAAAUGCAAUAACGGUUUAUAAUGAAGGGUCAGUACAUCUAUAGUUUUGGUCAUUUACAUUUCCUGAGUAAUGAUGCCUCAUUUUUUGUGUAAUAGUGUUAAUAUGUCGUGUAACAGAAGCAUGUUUAACAUCAUAAAGAAAGUUAUGUUGGUUGAUUAAACGGUUGUUCAUUCUUAGGUAACAGUCUAACUGAGUAAUACAGGCUGGGUUUAACUGUGAAUUGAGAUUUAGGUUACAUUUAGUUAGUUUAAGUUCUCCUCAAAGCAUUUACGACAGUGCGGUAUAAAAACUGCCACUGGGGGGGCGUUAUGGCCCAUAUGUGUAGCCUAGAGGUGUCAGAGACGUUUAAGCUAAAGCCCUUGCGUAGUAAAAUAAACUGAAACAAUCUGUUAAACAGGGCUCUAUAGCUGUAAACUUUAAAUUAUGAAUAUGACAUAAAACAGGUGCUCAAUAGUUAUUAUCUAACCCCUUAGGUCUGUGUGUUCAAAUUCAGCCACAUGUACAGUUAUUUAGGCGUGCUUAUGUCCACGUAUGGUGUGCCUGGGGCUGUAUGAAUAGUCCAGGUAGGUUCGUUUAGCCAAUGCCCUUGCGUGAGGUCGGUUCGAGCGUUUCCGCCGGUGGUGCCGCUGGGGGUUGCUUCCAUGCGUCCCGGGGCUGCGGCCUGUGGGAAGCAGUUGUGGGUGAUUGCUUGCUUGUGAGGAUGAUCGGUGUUGCUGUCCCAGUGUUUGGUCGCUGGGUUAGGUGGAGUCGUGGGUGGUCUUGGUGUUUUACACCCAGUGGGCGCCUCGGUUUUUCCUUUCUCAGGGCAUGUAUGUGCCAUUUGUGCUGUGCUUGGCUGUGGAAGGUUGUUUGCCC